UGAAGAAGCACAUGAAUCAGAACUCUUAUUCAAUGGGAUUUUGCACAUCAAAACAGAGUUUUAGGUUGAAUCAAUCCCAAUCCAUUUCUGUGCACUAGUGUGGCGUAAGUGGAUUCCUGAUCUCAUUUUCACCUACCAAGUCAACACCUAAACUACCACCAACCCCAACGAGUUGGUUUACAUUGACCCGAAAGUCGUUUCCUUCUCCUAUCAAAUUCCCUUUUCUUGCAUUCACCAAACUCACAUUUCCCUGCACUUUUCUGGGCUUUUGUUCUUAAAUCCCCUCUCUCUUUGUGAUCGUUUUGCUUUCUUGAAAAAUGGAGUCAAGGAUGUUAGGAUUCGCCUCUCCAGGUGUAGUAAGCCCCAGUAAUUCCAAGAUUUCAAGAUUAAGUACCCCUUUUGCCCACCAAAUAUGGAACAAAAAUAGCAGCUUUUGGUGUCAAAAUUCAAGAUUUCCUAAGCAAGGUAUUAAGCCAAUUCAAGCCUCUGCAACUUCCAUUGGAUUGACACCGAAAAGUAGGGUAGACGAGACUGAGAGCUAUACUCUUGAUGGUAUACGAAAUUCGUUAAUUCGGCAAGAGGAUAGCAUUAUAUUCAGCCUCGUCGAGAGAGCCCAAUAUUUUUACAAUGCGGAGAUAUAUAAUCCUGAUGCUUUUUCCAUGGAUGGAUUCCAUGGAUCUUUGGUUCAAUACAUGGUCAAAGAAACUGAAAAACUUCAUGCUAAGGUUGGAAGAUACAACAGUCCAGAUGAGCAUCCUUUCUUCCCCGAUGACUUACCUGAACCAAUGUUGCCUCCUCUGAAAUAUCCACAGGUUUUACAUCCUGCUUCAGAUUCAAUCAAUAUAAAUGGUAAAAUAUGGGAUAUGUACUUCAGGGAUCUUCUCCCCAGAUUAGUUAAAGAAGGUGAUGAUGGUAACUGCGGAUCAGCCGCAACUUGUGACACACUUUGCUUGCAGGUUCUGUCGAAAAGAAUUCAUUAUGGUAAAUUUGUGGCUGAAGCAAAAUUUCGAGCCUCCCCGGAUGUCUAUAAAGCUGCCAUUAAAGCACAAGACAAAGACCAAUUGAUGGAUUUGCUAACAUAUCCAAUAGUCGAAGAAGCAAUCAAAAAAAGGGUCGAAAUGAAAACCAGAACUUACGGGCAAGAGGUGACUGUAGACUUUGGUGUAGAUGGAACCGAUCCAGUUUACAAAAUUAAUCCAAUUCUAGUUGCCGGUCUUUAUGGGGAGUGGAUCAUGCCAUUGACAAAGGAAGUGCAAGUUCACUAUUUACUGAGAAGGCUGGACUGAAUAAAACCGAAGCACUUGGUUCAUGAGUAGUACUUUCUGUAUAAAAAAUAAGGGUAAUUAGCACAUAACGUCUCUAUCUUUCAAUCUUAUUGUGCAAAAUGUCAUUACCUUUUAUUUUAUGGUGUUUUCAUCCUUAAUUACACUUUUGAUUGCGCAAAUAA